AUGGCCCGGGCCAUCGUCGCCGCCACCGCCGCUGCCGCUGGAGCCCCCCGUUUCCCCUGCAAUCUGUUCCUCUCCAAGCGCUUUUAUUUCGCCGGCUCUUCCGCCGGUGCGUGCCCCUUCACGGGCCUUGUCCGGCGCCGCUCUUCCUCAUCGACCUCGCCGCUCAGCCACGCUGUCCGAGUUCUGGUUUCUCCGGCGGCCUCCAGGCUCAACCAGGUCAGGUGCAGGGUCAACCGGUCUGGGGACUCGGGGUAUUCUCCCUUGAACUCGGGCUCUGGCUCUGGCUCCGGCUACAGCGAUCGGCCGCCCACCGAGAUGGCGCCGCUGUUCCCCGGGUGCGACUACGAGCACUGGCUGAUCGUCAUGGACAAGCCCGGCGGGGAGGGUGCCACCAAGCAGCAGAUGAUCGACUGCUAUAUUCAGACCCUUUCCAAGGUCCUCGGCAGGUGCGAUCAUUUGGGAACUUCUAUCUGCCAGUGUUUUUCUUCCUUUCCCUUCAAUCCUUGCGGUAUUUAGGGUUUCUGAUGGUUAGUCCUGCUGACAUGUUGUGCGACGGCGGCUGCUUUUUUUUUGGUCCUCGCGGUUUCUGUUACCUCUUGCUUUCUGCUUUGUGUUUGCUGUUCGUCGGCGUCUUCUUAUUAUGUUGGGAUAGGGCUUAAUCGGACGUUUCUAAGAUGCUUGGUUUGAGGUUUUAUAAGUUAUCGCUCUGUUAAAAUUUCUGCGUCUGACUAUAUUUGUUUCGUGAAUGCUCCUUCAGCGAAGAGGAGGCUAAGAAGAAGAUCUACAACGUCUCCUGUGAGCGGUACUUUGGAUUCGGAUGCGAAAUUGACGAAGAGACGUCGAAUAAGCUCGAAGGUUCUUGCUUUCUCUCAGCAUCUGUUCUUUCCCCAUCUCCUCGGACAUCACAUACUCUGAUCUUCAUCUGUGAGAUGAUGCCGUUUUUACAUUUAACAUGAUGGGUGCUUUUAUUUUUCCCUGUUCUAUCUGAUUGGUUGUGCAUCUGAUUCCUGUUAUGCUCCGACGAUAAUGGAUGGGUUUUCCUUUUGAGUCGUCAUCUUUGAGCCACCAGUCUGAUGUGAACUUUCUUUUCAACUUGCUCAGGGCUCCCGGGAGUUCUCUUUGUUCUGCCUGAUUCAUAUGUCGACCCGGAGAACAAGGACUACGGGGGUAAGCACAUCGACCGAAUGCCAUGGAAACUUGUCUGGCCAUCUUCUGUGGUUGGCAUGCGCUUGCAUCCUCUUUCCAUUGCCCCAGCAAGCUCGUUAUAUUCCCUUUCUGUUCUGUCUUGGUUUACAUCUGUUCAUGCUUGUUGCAUCGCUCUGAAAGCAUGCCGCUUGGCACACGAUGCCGAUCAGAAAGUGGUGCUCUCUCCACCCUUCAGGAGGAGUUUCAUCUAGGUAUAGAACACCAUCCUUGGGUCACACUCUACACCCGCCUAGGAUUUACAGCGUCUUGGUGGCCACUGGAAUUCCCCCAUGUUUCGGCAGGCAGACUUCAUGAAUUGCGAGAUAGCUGAGAUGAACGAAGCAUGCUGAAAAUGGGAGUUUAUCUUUUGUUUUCUCUUCUUCUUUUCCUCUGCUGUGACUGCUAAAAGAUCUGUGCUUGAACAUUCACGGUAUGGAUUCCAGUCAACUGGCUUGAAUCCAUGGCGGACCCACAUGCUCUUCUUUUUUCUUUUUUGGGGUGGGGUUUGGGGUUUGGGGGAUUAAACCCUAGAACGUAUGGAACCGGAGGAGUUGCGCCCGAAGGCUGCUGGCGGGGUUCAGUAAUCCUUCAGUUGGAUGGAUGAACAUGGUGGAUGCCUCACUUGGUGUGCAAAUUCCUGCAGGAAAGGAAGCUUACUCACUUGGACGUGUUCUUGAAGAACUGCCUGAGAUCCUCCCCCAAUCCCCGCCCUCUCUUUGUUGGGCCAAUAACUGCUGCGGUUUUCCUGUUAGUAUGUUAGAUGGAUAUAUGGAUGACCUCUCUUUGUUUUGCUCUGUCGCGCAGCCGAGCUGUUCGUCAACGGGGAGAUCGUGCAGAGGUCGCCGGAGAGGCAGCGGAGGGUGGAACCGGUGCCGCAGAGAGCUCAAGACCGGCCCAGAUACAACGACAGGACCCGCUAUGUCCGGCGGAGGGAAACCCAGCGAUGA